AUGAGUUUAUUUAUAGAAUCCAGUUUUAUUUUACCUAAAGGGAUUAUUGACUCUUAUAUAAAAUUUAAAACAUGGAAUUCUUUCUCAUAUAGUGAUAAGGAAAAGAAGGCUUCACAAGCAAAUAUAUGGACCCCUGUAUUUUCUACUCGUUUUGCUAUACCUAUUAUUGGGAUAAUAUAUGCUUUAUUAUGGAAUGGAGAUGCAACAUUUGGAUAUAGUGCUCUGGAUAUGUCGCUUGAUGAAAGAUAUUCUCGAACCUUAUUUGAAACGAAUAAUGGAAAUAAUGGUUACGUUUCCUCCUUGACAAAUAAGAUAUUAAAUAAGAUGAAUAGAGGGCCCAAGAAAGAAGUAGAAGAGAAAAAUGCCGAAAAGAUUUUAGGUUUUGAUGAUAAAAAUAUUUUACAAGCUUUAGAUUUAUUUAUAAAUAAUAUAAAAAACAUUGCACUAUCAAGUAAAUUGAAUAGUUCAGAUAUAUAUAAUCAUGGAAAUACAUUUAUAGAUAAUGUGAUGAGUAAUGAAGAAAUAGAUCAAGAAAUUGAAUCAUUUUUAAAUGGGGGUAAUUACGAUAGAGAAAAAUUGAAUAGAUUAUGGUGGCAAAUUAUGAGAAAUGAAGAGUUGAAAUAUGUAUCUGUUAAUAAUAAGUUAUAUAAAGUUUAUAAAGCAUUAAGAAAGAAAUAUAAUGUAGAUAACUCUUAUGCUGAAGAUAAAUGGAAUGAAUGUAAAAAGAAUAUUAUAGUAGGAAGAGUAGAAUAUCAAAAUUAUAUAAAUAAAGUUUUCCUUGAUUGGAUAAAUGGAGAUUCCAUAAAUAAUGAUGAAUUUAUAAAAUUAGUAAGAACAUGUAAAGUUACAUGGAAAAAAUUAAGAACAAAAAUGAUAAAAGCAUUAAAAAAAUCAUUAACAAAAUCUUUUGAAAAAAGACAUAAAGAAUUAAAAUCAAAUGAAUAUAUAUAUAAAUAUAAAUAUGAAUUAGAAGAGGGUGAUUAUGCAGAUGAUGAUUUAUUAAUUAAAGAUGACUUAUUAAAUAAUCAUGAUUUUCAAUUUGAUGAUGAUGUCAGUAGUGUUAUAACAGAAAAAACAAAUGAAUGUCUUAAAGGUGAUCGUGAUUUAGAAUCAGUAAAUACAGAUAAUCAUGGAACUGAAUUAGGAGAGUCUGAUAGUUCUUCAGGAUCAAAGGUUUCUAAUGAAACUACUAAUAGUGGUGAUUCUAAUGAUUCAAAGAAAACUAUUGUAUUGAAUUUAGAGGGUCAAUGUACUAUAUACUUAAGAAGGCGCCCCAAAAAUUUAACCCUCUCAUCACCUCAAAGAUUGAAGUUUACAGCAGGAGGUGGUUUCUGUGGUAAACUCCGUAAUUAG